UUGCAUCCUACACUCAAACCAGAGCUGCGCUCAACAUCUGAAAAAGUUUGAGCAAAUAAACCGACACGAUGGGAAGCGGGAUUAGUUCAGAGAGUAAGGAAUCAGCCAAAAGAUCAAAAGAACUGGAGAAAAAGCUUCAGGCAGAUGCUGAGCGAGAUGCAAGAACUGUAAAGUUGCUGUUAUUAGGAGCAGGAGAAUCUGGAAAAAGUACUAUUGUUAAACAAAUGAAGAUUAUCCAUAAGAAUGGUUACAGUGAGCAAGAAUGCAUGGAGUUCAAAGCAGUAAUUUACAGUAAUACAUUGCAGUCUAUCCUAACUAUUGUGAAAGCCAUGACUACCCUUGGGAUUGAUUAUGAAAAUCCUGGAAGUGCAGAAGACCAAGGACAACUUUAUGCAAUGGCAAAUACCCUAGAAGAUGGGGCAAUGACGCCUGAACUGGCUGAGGUAAUAAAACGACUGUGGAGAGACCCGGGAAUUCAGGCCUGCUUUGAAAGGUCAUCUGAGUACCAGCUCAGCGACUCAGCAGCUUACUACCUUAAUGAUUUGGACAGAAUAACAGCUCCUGCAUAUGUCCCAAAUGAGCAAGAUGUUCUACAUACUCGAGUGAAAACAACUGGAAUCAUUGAAACUCAAUUCUCCUUCAAAGACCUGCAUUUCAGAAUGUUCGAUGUAGGUGGACAGAGAUCUGAGAGAAAGAAAUGGAUUCACUGCUUUGAAGGAGUGACAUGCAUUAUAUUCUGUGCAGCACUCAGUGCCUAUGACAUGGUUCUGGUAGAAGAUGAAGAAGUGAACAGAAUGCAUGAAAGCCUUCACCUGUUCAACAGUAUCUGUAAUCACAAGUACUUUGCAACCACUUCCAUCGUCCUGUUUCUCAAUAAAAAAGAUCUCUUUCAAGAAAAAGUAACCAAAGUGCAUCUUAGCAUCUGCUUUCCAGAGUACACUGGGCCAAAUACAUUUGAAGAUGCAGGGAACUACAUCAAGAACCAGUUUCUAGACCUAAAUUUGAGAAAAGAAGAUAAGGAAAUUUAUUCCCACAUGACCUGUGCUACAGAUACCCAAAAUGUCAAGUUCGUGUUUGAUGCAGUUACAGAUAUAAUAAUCAAAGAGAAUCUGAAAGAUUGUGGACUUUUCUAAUCAAUUUUUUUUCUUCCAUUGUUGCUCAUGUAUG